AUGCCUGCUACCAACGGUCAUGCUAGCUCCUUGAGCACCCCCCGAAACCCCGGGGCUUUCCUCUUCACCUCGGAAUCCGUCGGUGAAGGUCACCCCGACAAGAUCUGUGAUCAGGUCUCCGAUGCUAUUCUAGACGCCUGCUUGGCGCAAGACCCCCUCUCUAAGGUCGCCUGUGAGUCGGCUACUAAGACCGGUAUGAUCAUGGUAUUUGGUGAGAUCACGACCAAGGCCAGUAUCGACUACCAAUCCGUCAUCCGAAAUGCCAUCAAGGAAAUCGGAUAUGACUCUUCCGAGAAGGGUUUCGACUACAAGACCUGCAACGUCCUCGUUGCCAUUGAGCAACAGUCCCCCGAUAUCGCUCAGGGUCUUCACUACGAGAAGGCCCUCGAGGAGUUGGGCGCUGGUGACCAAGGUCUCAUGUUUGGCUAUGCCACCAACGAAACCCCCGAACUACACCCCCUAUCUCACCUUCUCGCCCACAAGCUGAACAAGGCUAUGUCUGAUGCUCGCCGGGACGGAACUCUCCCUUGGCUCCGACCUGACACCAAGACUCAAAUCACCAUGGAGUACAAGCACGACGGCGGCGCUGUCGUUCCCCUACGAGUUCACACCGUCGUCAUCUCUGCUCAACACAGUGGUGAUGUCAACACGGAACAAGUCCGAAAGGAGCUAAAGUCCAAGAUCAUCGACACUGUCAUCCCUAAGCAGUACAUUGAUGACGAGACUAUCCUCCACCUACAACCCAGUGGUCUUUUCAUCAUCGGUGGCCCUCAGGGUGACGCCGGUGUUACCGGCCGAAAGAUCAUCGUUGACACCUACGGUGGAUGGGGUGCCCACGGUGGUGGUGCUUUCUCCGGAAAGGACUUCUCCAAGGUCGACCGAUCUGCUGCUUACCUUGCUCGAUGGGUUGCUAAGUCUCUCGUUGCUGCCGGCCUCGCUAAGCGAGCGCUGGUCCAACUCAGUUACGCUAUUGGUGUAGCCGAGCCCUGCUCUAUCUACGUCGACUCCUACGGUACUUCUGACAAGACUGCCGAGGAAUUAGUCGACAUCGUCAAGGCUAACUUUGACCUCCGACCUGGCGCUAUCGCCAAGGAACUUAACCUAGUCCGCCCCAUCUACAACCAGACAGCCAAGUUCGGUCACUUCGGUACCAACCAGGAAUUCACCUGGGAGCAGCCUAAGGCGCUCAAGUUUUAA